UUAAGGAUGUCUAUCGGGAGGUGGGCAUUCUGGAAGUGUUUGUUACGUGUCUUAAUCGUUAUAGUGAACAUGUUAGGAAAAUAACCAAAGAUGAGGAAAAUACUGUGGUUGCGGAAACGGAAGAGGAUCAAGAUUUAACCGAUAUUAUGGGUAAACAUGUGCUGGAGGCUUUGACCAUUCUCUUAAGUGGCAACAACAACAAUGCCAAUGUUUUUAGAGAAUGUGGUGGCGCUAAGUGUAUCCACGAUUUGGUGAAAUUUAAACAUUGUCGUCCUCAAGCUUUGGGCAUAAUACGCGAGUUGAUUCUAUCUGCCGGCGGAGAUGAUGAUAUGCUUUUCAUACUCUCCGUUAUGCAUGCUGUGCCUCCUUAUCAGGUGGAAUUUAAAAUACAAAUACUCAAUAUGCUUUUGGGUUGCCUUAAGGACUCUCAUCGUACUCGUACGGUGUUUCGUAAAGUGGGUGGUUUUGUCUAUUUGACAAGUGUUUUUGUGUCGUUGGAUGGUAAACUGUGUGACGAGCCUUUGACCUCAGAAGAUGUGGAAGAAGAUCAGCAAAUACCCCAAGAUGAUUUGAUAUUAUUGCUGCAAAUGGUUUGCCAAACUUUAGCCACGGCUAUGCGUUUUGAGCCCGCCAAUGCGAAGUUCUUUCAUCAAGAGAUUUGCACCGCUUCUCUGUGUGACACUUUGAGAUUAUUGGGCUGUUUUGGAAAUCACACUGAAUUGCCGGAAUUUAAGGGUUUCUUUAAGUCCGAUGUGGUGUCGCAAAAAUACUAUCAUGAUGUAUUUUCAGGUGAUAUUUUAAAUUACAGCUUUAACAACUCCAUACCCCGUUCAUUGUCCUAUGUCUGUGUGGUCUAUCGUCUUUUGUAUAGCAUAGCUUUGGACAACUUUGAAUCUCCCAAUUUGAAUAACAUUAUAACACUCUUCAAUGAUCAAAGCAAUCGUUCGCCCAGCAAAGAAUUGGCCAUAACGCCUGCUCAUCCCAAUCAAUUGAAUCUAACACAACCAUCGCCAGAACCAAGAAUUGUACAUCCUGGUGUGGUUUUAUGCAUGCUACAGCUUUUGCCUAGUGUUACCCAUCGAGAAGAGUAUACCUUGGCUGUAAAUCUACAAGUUUAUCUAAGUGAAAUUAUCAAAUCUCUAGUACGCAGUGAACGCAAUCAACAGAUAAUGUGUGAUUAUGGUUUGGCCGGCCAGUUGUUGAAGAUUUCACGUAAAGCUUUAUCCGAGGAAAUCAAUCCGUUACAUGUACCCAUGCAAUAUAUAUUGGAAAGAUUGGCUGCUCAAGCUUUGCAGCCCACCGAACUAAGAGAAUUUCUACGUUUAGGUGAACCUUUAUCUUGUGCUGAUAUAGAUUUAAAUAAACCCUAUAAAAUGGGUGGUCCUGUUCCUUUAACACGUAUUAAGACACUAGUAUCUAUGACUACACCAAGAGAUUUUCGCGCUCAUGGCUCUAGUACUCUACCGCCAUUUGUGGAAAUGGAUAUGUCUGCUGAGGGUUUUGGUUGUUUGUAUUUACCUUCAUUGGCUCCGCAGGCGACGGCCACGGCUGGUGGCACCAUUGAUUCGAAUACUAUAGGUGGCAUAGGUUCGGGUGAUCGUAUUUUUCCACCACAAACUGGUUUAUCGUUUUCCACUUGGUUUUGUGUAGAGAAAUUCUCUGAUCCCAAAACCGAUCCACAUUGUGUACGUUUGCUGACAUUGGUGAGAACAAUUCAUAAUCCGAGAGAGGAGAAUUUGGUGUGUCUUUCGAUAUUGCUGUCGGCUCGAGAUAAGGCUAUAGUGGUCUCUACACAGGAAACUUUGGUCACUCCCAGUAAGAGCCUUGGCGAUUGGGAACCUGAAGGUUCAGACGACAAUAGCGCUCGCAUUUGGUGUCCCGACCUCCUCCACGAAGGACAAUGGCAUCACUUAGUGGUGGUACUCAAUCGUGCUGUACUCAAAAACUCCAGCCUUCAAUUAUAUCUAGACGGAACACCCUUACAUUCACAAAAAUUACAUUAUAUCUCACAAAAUCCCGGAGCUGGUUCCGCUAACUUACCCGUAGCGACUUCGGUAUUUGGUUAUAUCGGUACUCCACCUAUUUGGAGACGUUAUUCUAGAUUGUGUUGGAAACAAGGUGUUUGUCAUCUACUCGAAGAUGUUGUUAAUCAACAGACCGUACAUACCAUCUAUAAUUUGGGACCACAUUAUAUGGGCUCAUUACAGGCACCACAGUUGGGUAAGAAGGUUGAACCUUUAGGGCCUUUAGUAGCCGAAGAAAAAGUGUUAUUGGGCUUAAAUGCAAAGGCAGUGUCGCAGUUAACGCUGGUGAAGAUAAGAAAAGUGUAUAGCAGAGCGGAUAAUAAGUCUAUAGCCAAACAGUUGGGUAUGAAUUCUCAUGAGAAUGCCACGCCUAUAAAAAUCUUGCACAAUUCGGCUGGUCAUUUAGCGGGAGCUGGUCGCACUUUAGGUGGCGUAGUGGUGGGUUAUUUGGGUGUAAGAGUUUUUAGUCCUCAUCCAGUUUCAGCCAUGAUUGAUACUGUGGGAGGCUGUAAUGUUUUAUUGGGUAUUAUAGCCAUGGCUCAAGAUGUCGAGUCUUUGUAUGCUGGUGUUAAGGCUUUAACCUGUGUAGUGCGCAGUAAUCGUGCGGCCCAAAGUGAAAUGGAUCGUAAACGUUGCUAUCAAACUCUGGGCAUGUUUUUCAAAAAGAAAAAGAACUUACUCAACUCUCACAUCUUACAUCUGACUUUCGGUUUAGUGGGUACUGUCAAUUCCGGCCAGGAUAUGACCGCUAUACCUAAUGUAACAGCUUUUCAAGAUCUCUUAUGUGAUUUGGAUAUAUGGCAUAAUGCUCCAAAUGGUUUAUUAAGAUCAUUACUCGAACAUUUGCUAGAGUUAGCGGUGGAAUCGAAUGAAAAGAAACAGAAUGUUAAAAUAAUGCGGGAACUACAAUUACUCAAUAAAUUACUGUACAUCAUAGUGGAUAUACAAGAUCACUCCACACGUGAGAUACUCUUCAAUCUCGUAGAAGCUUUAUUAGGUGGUCAACCACGCCACACGGACCUAUUGCUUUUCGGCCAAUACUGCGCUUCCAAAUUACCCAAGGCAGAGCAGAUCGAAAAGUCUCUGAUCUUACCCUCAAUGAAACCCACCCCGAAUCCUUCCAAUUCAGCUGCUACUGCCGAAUACGAUACGACUGCUCAAAAUAUUUAUCUACGUAAUCGUUGUCUUUCUCUUCUACACGGCCUCCUAUUUACCUCACGCAACACUGUCAAUUAUAUUAUAUGCGAUGAUAUUUCUAAGACUCUAGGCAUGGAUUGGCUUUUGCUAUUUAUGCAGCCACAUGUACACUUCACCACUGUCAUCAUAGCCGUACGUAUUUUGGUGGUGGUGUGUGCCAAUGAAAGUUUUCUGGUACGUUUUCGUGACAGUACUCAUAAUGGUGGUUAUUUAAGAUUUACCGAAAUGGUUUCGCAAAAGAAAACCAUGGGCAUAGGGGCUCAACAGUUAAUACAUUCGAAAGCAUGCUCCUUCCGCAUAUUCGAUUUUGUGCGAACUAAUUCAUCUUUCUUCACUUUGGUGCGACUGGCGAGGCGCGUUAAGCCACCGGUUACUUUUUGUAUCUUAGAUUGUAUUUGA